CCACUUCCGUCCAGAAUCCUUACGACUUCGGUCUAUACCGGAAGUGCAUGGGCUGCCUAUGUGGUAUCUACUGACUGCUUUUCCAGUUACCCGCCCUUCCUUCCGCGGCUGGGUAUUUGCUUCGUACCAUGGCGCCCAAAGGCAAAGUGGGCACGAGAGGGAAGAAGCAGAUAUUUGAAGAGAACAAAGAGACUCUUAAGUUUUACCUGCGGAUCAUAUUGGGGGCCAAUGCCAUUUACUGCCUUGUAACCUUGGUCUUCUUCUACUCAUCUGCCUCAUUUUGGGCCUGGAUGGCCCUGGCCUUUAGUUUGGCAGUAUAUGGGGCCAGUUACCACUCUAUGAGUUCGAUGGCUCGGGCAGCCUUCUCUGAGGAUGGGUCCUUGAUAGAUGGUGGCAUGGACCUCAACAUGGAGCAGGGCAUGGCAGAGCACCUUAAAGAUGUGAUCCUACUGACAGCCAUCGUUCAAGUGCUCAGCUGCUUCUCUCUCUACAUUUGGUCCUUCUGGCUUCUGGCUCCAGGCCGGGCCCUUUACCUCCUGUGGGUGAAUGUACUGGGCCCCUGGUUCACAGCAGAGAGUGGAGCCCCAGCACCAGAACACAAUGAGAAACGGCAGCGCCGACAAGAGAGGCGGCAAAUGAAGCGGUUAUAGCCUUCAUUAUUGUGGCCACAAGCUGCUGGGCUUUGGUUGGCUCUAUUAGGCUGCAUGGUCCCAUGCCUGGAGCAGUGAGUGUCUAGUUGAAGGGCCAAAAGCAGCCUGAGGUAUAGGAUUACUGAAUAAAUUGUUCAGAAUGUGGUUAA